AUGAAAGUACUCGACGCGCAGGAGGCGCUGCUGACGAACUGCGAGGUGUACGACAUCCUGGUCCAGCGCGGCUGCGACCGCGCACGCGCACAGGGCGUACCGGUGUCCACUCAGGUAGAACAAGACGUGUUCGCGUACCUGACGGGCGUGGGGGCGACCGUGCGCGUCAGCCAGGAGCAGAUGAACGAGUUCCGAGAACAGAUGAAGCCGUUCGAGCUCUCGAAGACCGAGAUCAUGCAGUUCCUCAACCACCGCCCGAAGAUCGCGGUCGAGGCCUACACGAUCCUCGACCGCGCCGAGGAGCGCUUCUCGAACGAGCAGCUCGAGGAGAUGUGUGCGAUCACCGCGACGGUGCUCGCCGGGGAGAGCACGGCCGCGGAGGACCCGGGGAAGAGCCCCAAGCGCGGAGCGCGAGCGUGA